UAGAGCGUUUGUUGUGUGCGGUUAAAAUCGAGCUUCCCGUAAAAUUCAUUGUUAACAUUUUACUUUGAGCUCAGUUUGUUGCUGUUUUACGUUAUUUGCUGAAAUUUGGCUUAAACGAGUUUAUUUAUUUCUUCGUUUUGUUAGCUUUGUUUAGUCUUGUGCGAAAUCUUUGAAUGAAAAGUUACAUGACGCGCGGGACGACAUGGGCUUCAGUUCGCGUAUGGACUGCUGUGGACAGUUCGUUAAGUACAGUCUGUUUAUAUCGAAUUUUAUUAUAUUUGUUGGCGGUGCUACGGUGUUCAUACUGAGUCUUUGGACGUUGGUCGAUCGUAGUUUCAUAAAUGAAUUAUUGGGCACAAAUCUCUUCUCAGGUGCAGUGUACGUUUUACUCGUUACUUCGAUUGUGAUUUGCUUGCUGGCGUUUUUGGGUUGCGUUGGCGCUGGCAAAGAGGUCAAGUGUCUUUUGUUAACAUAUUUCAUAAUAGUAGCACUGGUAUUUGUAACAAUGUUAAUUGGCGGCAUACUUGGCUAUGUGUUCCGUGAAAGAGUGCAGCAGACAAUGCGACAGGAAAUGCGCUCUACGAUGGCACUCUAUGGAAGCCGUCGUGAUAUAACACAAGCGUGGGAUCAGACACAGGAACGUCUACAGUGCUGCGGUGUUGAUACGUGGCAUGACUGGAAUCGUUAUGGUCCCAUACCAGAAUCAUGUUGUCAGGAAAUAUUUGCUGGACAACGCAGAGAGUGCACCAUCUUUCCCAGCGUAACAAAUCUCUACAAUCAAGGCUGCCUAUAUGUUGCUACAAACUUUAUUAGAGAUCAUGCUUCGGUUAUAGGAGGUACAGCCAUUGGUGUGGCAAUUAUAAUGAUAUUUGGCAUGAUAUUCUCGUGUUUGCUGUUUAAUAUGAUUGAGUAGCAUUAGUUUUUUUUUUGUAAUUAUUAUUGUAUUUUGGUAUAUGAAUUUUUAAUGCAUAUACUUAAAUAUCUGAAAUGUACUUUCGUUAAAACCUCACACUAUCAACACAUAAUCAAACGAUCGACUCGAUAACAUUAUUCGUACAAAUUAAAUUAGAAUUAAGUCAAAAAUUUCAAUUUCACAGUGCAAUUUUGC